AUGUCUUGGCCAUUUACCACCCUUCGUAUCCUUUAUCCCCUUCUCUCACUUUUCUCGUUAAUUAUCAUUUCAUUACUUUCCACCUGGGUCUCCUCCACAAAUUCGUUUUCCACCUCAUUCGAUUCUUAUUACAAGAAUAUCACCAAGAAACAAUUCCAUUCAUCACCAAACUUUCCAAUAGAAAUUUAUUUAGGAUUCAUCUUUAGCAUAAUUUCGCUUAUAUUUUCGGCUGUUUUAAGUUUUCCCAGAAUUUCACGUAAAUUUGGUUAUAAAGUUUUUGUAUAUUUAACAAAUACAUUUUUAUCAAUUGUUUGGUUUCUACUUUCAAUUUUAAUUAUAACAAGAGUAAAUAAUGGAUCUAUAAUUGAUUCAAAAAACAUAACUGAUCAAUUACAGAAAGAAAUUAAUGAAUUACAUACUGAAUAUGCGUCAGAAGAAGCUAUUCCUGAUACCGAUAAUUUAUUAUCUUUUGGAAAAGCAAUCACCGCUUUCGGUUGGAUUCAAUUCUUGGGUUGGACUUUAAUAACAAUUAUCUUGGCUCAUAUUCGUUCUCGUAAAUGGACAAAGAAAGAUCGAAAUAAGAAAAUUACUAUUGUGAGUCAAUAUGAUAAGGAUGCUCAAUUGUUAAAUACCCCUGCUAUUUUGAAGGAAAUUGAUGAAUUGGUGAGAAAUCCUCAAAUUGCGCAUACCACAAAGGACCCUUCAUCGAAAACUCCUGUGAUGGAAUUGAAUUUGCAACUUACCAAAAAUACAACCACAACUUAUUCACUCGAUCCCGCCUCAUUUACCCCUACUCAAAGUCCCGAAGUUGAUUUUUACUCUCGCGCUUUGUAUGAUUAUAAAUAA